AUGCCAUUCCUUAAAAACACUCGACUGAAUCUGCCCCGCUCAGUAGCAAUAGAUAAUAAAGCAAAGAAAUCAGGGCUUCGUGGAACUAUAUUUGCAGUCAAUGGAGAUAACUACACUGGUGAAUGGUUGGACAAUAGGAAACAUGGUUGGGGAACCCAAGAGUGGAAGGCAUCUGGUUCGCUAUACAAUGGCGAGUGGAAAUCUGGGAAACAAGAGGGUUAUGGUAUCUUUAGCAUUCUUCGACAGGACACAAAGACGUAUAUGACACAGUACUGCGGCGAGUGGAAAAAUGGAAUGAAACAUGGACAUGGUUCCUUCUUCGAUGUGCAUGCAACUUACGAGGGAGAGUGGAGUGAGGACAAUCGCAGUGGCUGGGGGAGACUCACGUAUAAGUGUGGUGAUCUUUACGAGGGGGAGUGGCUAUGGGAUAAGGAACACGGAAUGGGUGUAAUUCAAUUUGCCAAUGGGAACUGGUAUGAAGGAUCUUGGAGGAACGGCAAGAAAAAUGGUCAUGGAAAGUUCUACUAUGCAGACAAAGGUAUCAUCUAUGACGGCCUUUGGGUUGAUGGGGAUGCAAAAUGUGGAACUCUGUCGGAUUUUGGGAGAGAAGAGGCACCAUUCCCUACCAAGUAUCCAAUUCCACCGGUAACGCUCGUGAACAUGCAAAUGGUUUUAUCAGAAGCGGAGUCUGUAUACGUGGAUGACAGUUGA